UGCACUUAUCGAAAACUUUGUGGGUCCUCUUGAAUUGCUUUCAUUUUAUCUCAUAUUAGGCAGUACACGACUUCCACAGAUCUCACCUACAGCAACUUGCGCAUAAUUCCAGAUAUCUUCUGCAAUCUUUGACUUGAGUUAAAGUUAACCACGACUACCGAAGUGAAGAUAUGAGAAGACUUGGAUUGAUUUCAAUACCAAGAUUAUACGAGUGGUUAGAACGACUAGCAAGUAUGGAGAUUCUUUCCUUCGUCAUUUCAUGCCUGCUAUUUUUCUCAAAUCAUCAUCUGUUCUCCGGUUUGGCAGAGGCAUCGCAGAAAUUAGACUACCCAUUUCCGUUUAUGACAGUAGAUGCUGAGAAGGCAACUGAAAGAACAUAUGAUUACAUUGUGGUUGGAGGAGGUACAGCAGGCUGUCCUCUGGCUGCAACUCUGUCACAGCAUUAUUCUGUUUUGUUAUUGGAAAGGGGAGACUCUCCCUAUGGAAACCCGGACAUUGAAGACAUCAAAGGCGUUUUCAAAGUUCUUGGUGAUCCCAGUGAGUUCCCUUACGUCAUGCAGGGAUUUGUCUCAGAAGAUGGAGUGCAGCUGGUGAGGGGAAGAGUUCUGGGAGGUGGAUCAGCCAUCAACGCUGGUUUCUACAGCAGGGCAAACUCGGAAUUCAUUCAAGAGAUGGAAUGGGAUGAGAAACUUGUAAAUGAGUCGUAUGAAUGGGUGGAGAAGUUGAAUGCCUUCAAGCCAGACAAGCUUUUCCGUUGGAAUUCUGCUUUCAAGGAUGCACUUUUGGAAGCUGGAGUGCUUCCUUAUCAUGGGUAUACUCUGGAUCAUUUGGAGGGCACCAAGAUUAGUGCUUCAACCAUUGACAACAAUGGCAGGAGACACACAGCUGCGGAUCUUCUGCAAUAUGCAAAUCCAGAUAACAUUGUGGUUCUUCUCAAUGCUACAGCCACUAGAAUCCUCUUCGAUUCUUCAUCAGGUAGGUAAACAUGCACUUUCAUUUUAAUGUUUUCCUU